GCCCUAUGCCUUCGGCUCCCCCGCCCCCGCCAUACGCACGGGGGACGGAAGGAGCCCAUGCAUCCCGAACAUCUUUAUUUUCUGCUGACCUGCAUAAGCAGAUGAGACUAGCCUUUCCUGUCUUUGAGGGAGAUGGGAAUGGAAGAGUUCAUGCUCAGGUAGAAUUCAAUCAGAUUAAAGAGUUGGCAGAAGCGGUCAGAAAAUAUGGGGCCAAUGCCAAUUAUACCAUUUCCCUACUUGAAAGACUGGCCCGGGAUAGGAUGACCCCCCGAGACUGGCAAGAUGUGGCCAAGGCCACGCUCCCCAGUAAUGGGAAAUUUUUAGAAUGGAAAGCCCUCUGGUACGAUGCGGCCCAAGACCAAGCCCGUGCAAAUCGCAACUCCCUAGAGGCUGCACAACAUGCAUGGACUGCUGACAUGCUUACCGGACAGGGAGUGCAUGCUGAUGAUCAAAUAAAUUUCCCUUGGGGGGUAUACACGCAAAUCUCCUCCUUGGCCAUCAAGGCCUGGAAGGGACUCUCAGCGAAAGGGGAGUCGGGCAACCAACUCACUAAGAUUGUUCAGGGCCCCCAGGAACCCUUCUCAGACUUUGUAGCUCGGAUGACUGAUGCAGCGGCCCGUAUUUUUGGAGACUCUGAUAUGGCCGCCCCCCUCCUUGAACAAUUGAUUUUCGAGCAGGCCACUAAGGAAUGCAGGAGUGCUAUCACCCCACGGAAAGGCAAGGGGCUCCAGGAUUGGCUAAAAAUUUGUCGAGAGAUUGGAGGCCCUCUCUCAAAUGAGGGUUUGGCCGCUGCUAUUCUUUGUGCGCAGCGCCCCCCUACCUCCGGUCCGCUUAAGGAGAGGACCUGUUUCAAUUGUGGAAAACUGGGUCACUUUAAAAGGGACUGUCGAGCCCCUAGGGCCCCCCCCAGAUUAUGCUCCCGCUGUGGAAAAGGGAAUCACCCUGCAGAACAAUGCCGCUCCAUUAGGAACUUCCGGGGCCAAUUACUUCCUCCCUUGCACCCCACUGAGUCAAAAAACGGCUUCAGGGGCCCUCGGACCCAGGGCCCGAACAAAUAUGGGACCAGGUUCGUCAAGGAAGGGCCCACUCUCCAGCCCCCCCCCCCCCCCCCGAGUCACCCAACUGGACCUCCGUGCCACCGCCGCCGUCACCAUAACCCCAGAGUCUGGGGUGCAGGCUGUUCCGGCUACUCUGUCAGCCAAGGCUCCUCCCGGCUGCCUUGGCAUUCUAGUGGGACGAAACACCCUAACCAAACUUGGGUUUAUUGUUUUCCCGGGGGUGCUGGAUUUGGGUCAGGCCGAUUUCACUAUUCUCUGCUCUUGCCCCACGGGAACCUUUGUCAUCAAAGCAGGCGAUAGGAUAGCCCAGGUUAUCCUUUUCCCAGCUGCUUUUCAGGACCCCAGGCAGACCCGUCCGAUGAGAACAUCGACGAUGAGCCCAGAGCAGGCCUUCUUGGUAGUAGAUCUGACUGAGAGGCCUAAGUUAACGCUCACCAUCCAUGGGAGGCGCUUUGAAGGCAUCUUAGACACCGGCGCCGACCGCAGUAUCAUCUCCUCUCAUUGGUGGCCGAAGGGCUGGCCACUGGUGAAGACGGACCAUGCG